AUGACCCCGACUCCCCUCGCCGAAGCACACUUCCAGGAUUGCCUGGACUCCCAAGAGUCAUCUCGAGCGCCGACCCCGACAAGCUCCGAAACACCUUCCCUUGGAGAAGCAUUCGAUAGCCUCGAGGAAUCAUCGACCCGAGUAAUUGUCAGCGGAGACAAGGCCCUCGGCAGUGAUGACGAGACAUUCUCACCACCCGCACUUGCCACCGUUUUGACGAUGUUCUAUCUCUGGUGUGUCUUCGAGUUCUGGGAAAGUUUCUCACAGAAAGUCUUGCCCAGCCACUGGUCUGAAACAGUCUUUAUUGUUGCGACAAUGGUUGCGCUGGCGUCAAUGUUCACCCAGCUUGAUACCUGGACCGGCCUUGGUUGUGUCGCCUAUACUACACUUCAUAUUUGUCUACGAAGACACUGUUUCUGGGUAAUGGGUAAAUGGAAGCUUUUUGUUUGGGACUUAAAGGCCAUCUACUUCCUCAACGAAAUUGAUCACAUUGCAUUACAAAUCCUCAUUAUGACAUGCAUAGUGGCUUGGUUGGGCCCCGAGACAUAUUGGGUUGCCUUAAAGAGAUAUCUACCAGCUUGGACGAAGAAAUUACUUUCGCAAUUAAUCGCCAAGAAUCUCUGA